CCGACGCCGUAAUGUAGCGCAUGCGCGGUGCGGCCGGAGCCGGGAGUCUGAAAGACACAAUGGCUGCCAUAGAUAUUAAUGCGGAGCGGGAGAAAAUCCAGCGAGAGAUUGAAGCUCUGGAGAAGAGCUUGGGCCCCGAUGUUGCAACAAUUGAUGUUGUUGUAUCGGAUUCCAGUCUGGAUUCUGAAGAUGAUGAUUUUGAUAAUGAAGAUAAUUUAGAUGGAGAACUUCUAAAGGGUGAUGUUGAAUGGGAAGAAGGCAGUGACAAGGCAGAAAUGUGUUUACAGAUGAACCUGGUGUAUCAAGCAGUCAUUGAAGAGAAAAUUCAGGAGGUGGAACUUUUAAUCGCCCAGAAUAAGGAACAGCAGGAAGAGCUACUAUGGCAAAUUGCAGGGCACAAAGUAAGCAAAUCAGGAGAUAACAGCAAAACAUGCCCGUUUCUCUACAUGGGACAUUUCAUGAAGCCAUAUUUUAAGGACAAAGUGACCGGAGUGGGCCCUCCAGCUAAUCCAGACAUGCACGAAAAAGCAUCACUAGGAAUAAAAUCCUUUGAGGAACUUUGCCAAAAACAAUGGAAGAGCCAGGAUAAAAAAGAUCUGAGAACCGCUGUGAUAAGCGAUAACUUACAGAGGAUGCUUCAGCCCAAACUUUUAAAGCUGGAAUAUCUACAAAUGAAGAUGGACAGCGAGAAGGACAUCAACAAACAGAUUUUGGCGAAACAGAUCUGUGAGACCGAACGUGAAAUAGAUGAUAUCAACCAGCUGUCCGAGGACGUCUUAGUUGCAGAGAGAACCGCCGAGCAUGACUGGGAGAAGAUCUCCAAUAUCAACUUUGAAGGGGCUCACAGCGCAGAGAAGCUGAGAAAGAUCUGGCAGAACAGUGAACAUCCUCACAUUUCCAAGAAGGAGUGGAAAGAGGAGGAAGUGACCAAACUGCUAGAAAUAGCGGCUAAGCAGAAGUACGUCAACUGGCAGGCGAUCACCCAGGAGUUAGGGACGAAAAGAACUGCCUUCCAGUGUCUACAGAAAUACCAACAGCUGAACAAGGAUUUCAGGCGGAAGGAGUUUACCAAGGAGGAAGACGACAUGCUCACGCACUUAGUACAGCAAAUGAGAGUUGGAAACCAUAUCCCUUACCGCAGAAUUUCUUAUUUCAUGGAAGGCCGGGAGCCUAUGCAACUCCUAUGUCGGUGGUCUAAAACUCUGAAUCCUAGUCUGAAGAGAGGCAAUUGGUCCCCAAGUGAAGACGAGCUGUUGCUGAAAGCGGUUUCUAAAUACGGGGAGAAGGACUGGUACAAGAUCCAAAACGAGGUUCCAGGAAGGAGUGACGUGCAGUGCAGAGAAAGAUACAUGAAAGGGCUCCAUGCGGAUUUAAAGAAAGGCAAGUGGAGUGUGGAAGAGAAGAAUAAGCUUUUGGAGCUGAUUGAAAAACAUGGAGUGGGCCACUGGUCAAAAGUCUCCUCGGAACUUACUCACCGGACUGGCUCUCAGUGUCUGAGCAAAUGGAAAUCUCUGAUGGGUUUCUUUAAAAGAUCUCCCGGGAGGCAGAGAAAGAAGAAAGCCGUGAUCGAUGCCCGUGACUCUGAUACCAGCAGCAGUGGCAGCUGCAGCGAGGAAAGCGAGUCAGAUAUCGACAUGUAUGCGGAGGAGGUGGAGGAUGAGGAGGAGAAGAAGAAGAAGGUAGAUGUAAAGGUCAAGAAACCAGUUGUCUACAGAAUAUCCAGCUUAGAUGAAUGGGUUCCAAGUCAGAAAAACCUGGAUGAGCCCAAGAAAACCCACAUGAAGCAGUCUGGGUCCUUCAUAGGCGAUGCCAAAGCUUCCAGAUUGAUAGUACAUAGGAAAGGCAAAGAUGGGUCUUUUCAGUUCAACACUAUACUGAAAGGCAUUGCUUACCCCCACUCCACGGACAACGUGAUCGAAGAUGCUACCGAGUUCCUGAAUGAGGCGGCUGAAAGUGGUCGAAAUAUUCUGCAGAUCGGAGAGGAGGAAAUCAGAAGGAUUUUGAGAAGAAACACAAAACUGCGACAUGAAAAGCAGGUCCACAGGGCUGAAUUAAAACUGUCUGAUUCUUCGGAGGCACUGUGCAUUGAACUGGAGACCGAAGAGGGAUCUAAGAAACAAGAUUCAUCCCCACACCGGAGAUUAGACAAGGAUACCAUAGACAGAAGGUUGCUUAUGGCAGUCACUCCAUGGGUGGGUAACGUCUUCCUUCCACUCUCAACAAGCCUUGGAAGGCCAUGUAAAAAGCCAACAAAAGCAGAUAUGUUGAGCAAAAGACUCCACACUAUAACUCUUACAAGUACUCCAAUUUUUACUUUCUUCAUCCAGUUCUUUCAAAUAGAUGCCGAAGGCUGUCUUGAAAUAAUCCGAGCCAGAAAAUCACAACAGGCCUAUUAUCUUCGCAAAAGAUCACCUAAUACUCCACAAGGAGCGGGACAGAAUGAUCCAAUGUCCCCGCACAGCUUGUUAGCACAGACAUUGAAUGGUCUCAACCAUUCUCCCAGGACUCCGAGUUCUCGCCGGGGAAGGUCAAGCAGUUCUUCUGUAAAGGCUUUGGGCCCUGUACAAAAACCCAAAACUGUUUUUGAAUUGCUGAAGGAGAAAAGAAUGCGAGAGUCUAUGAGUAAGAAAGCUCAAAAUGCGCCAGCCCAGCCUCCGAACACGCCAGCCCAGCCUCCGAACACGCCAGCCCAGCCUCAGAACAUUCCAGGCCAACUGCAAAACGUAAUCCUUCCCCAACCUAAUGCAAUUCAACCAAACACCAACACAGCAGGUCAAACUGUGCCAUUGCCACUAAGUUCAUCCCCAGCACUGAGAGGAGUAUGGCCAGUAAUGCCAACUUCACCAGCACAUCUUCCUCGGCCACCAAUAGCACUGAUGCCUACAGUGGUAGGAAACACCAAUGUAAAUAACACAGCAAUGCCCAUUACUUGGAUUGUUACACCACAAGGCCUGGUGCCAUUGCAAGUGCAAACUUUAGGCUUGACGCGCUUAAACCCAACCAUUCGAACUGUGAGUCCAGAAUGUACCCCUAUUUUAGCAACAGGAUGUAUAACUAAAGCACCUGUAGCUAACCUGGCACCUUCUAUGACUGCAGAGACAAAAGCAGAAAAAAAUGAUGACCUGGGUUCCUCUACUUUAAAAUCGGGAGAAUCCAACAGUUCAGGGAGUGUUCUUCCCUUGGCUGCUCAAGCGUCUUCAAACAAGAGCGUUUCAGGUGCAGCUAAAGUUGUGCCGUGCUCAUUUUCUCCAACGUUUACAAUAGUCCCAACCCCCAACUCUUCUACAUUUACACCUUCUCCACCAGUAGCUGGUCCUCAUUUAACCAUGGCUCCUUCCCUUAGUCCUGUAUCCAACAACCUAAAGGUCCAUUCUGUUGAAACAAGCAAUCUGCCAGCUUUGGUAUCAAGUACAAGUCCUAAUACAAUGUUAGCUCCUUCCUCAACUCCUGCAUCUGACAACCUAAAGGUCCAUUCUAUUGAUUCAAAGAACCUACCAGGUCUGGCACCAACAACGAGCCCUGGAGUUCAAGGUGGGAGGAUUCUUCCAACAGAUCUGAAAGUCAAGAUCGUGAGUGCGUCAAAUCUUACAAAAGUUAGUCAGCCUGCCAGUUCUAACACCACCCCAAAAACACCUCUUAGCAGCUCUGAAAAAAAUGUUUUGGAUUUUACCCUUGUAGCCUUGGAAGAUACAGCCGCAGUGAAAGAAUGGAUUAAGGGUACCAAAGGCGUGGAAAUACCAAACGCAAAAAGUAACAUGGCCCAUUUACCACCUUCUGUCUGCACGCUUAAGACCUUAUCUCGACUUCUGGUAGAGAAGAGGACUUUGGAAGAGACUGCCUGUAAACUGUUGCCUCCAGUGGAGGGUAAUAAGGAGAAAAGUACACACAGGCAGAUUGACAUGGUCCAAGAAUUGGUCAAUGAUAAACUAAAGGAUAACCCAGCAUUCCUCUUGCUCAAACAGCGUUUCCUAUCAGCCUUCACUUUAUCAGGUUUCCUAGCGACUCUUCCUCCCUGUCAAGGCAAGAAAACCACGGACGACCCACAAGUGAAAUCUGGGAGCAGGAACGAUGACAUAGAUGAUUCCACUGAUUCGGACGUUGAAGACGAAGAAGAAGACAGAACAGAGGACGUGAAAGAUAUUCCUCAGCAUAGCCCGUCAGAAGGACAGGGAGAGUUCAGUGCACAGUCGCACGGCCCAGCUUCAUCUGUCGACAACGUCGCCUCACCAGACUGUAACGUAAGACGAACGCGGAAAAGAGCCUAUCCACAGAAGUGGACGUGACGGGUGUGGAAUUCCGAGAUCUCUUCUCAGAGUAUUAUCUUCGAGGGAAGUUAUAUGGAUCGAUGAUUAUAACAUCCAUUCCAGUGGCAACAUUUCAUCCUAUCCAUAGCUCGAUAGAAAUGAUGAAGAAUUCUGCAAAAAGCUAAACGGGCCGUUGUGGCUCAAACUGUACCCUGACAUCUGGCCUCUCCUCACCAGGAGAUCACGUGGCCAGUCCCAGGCUUAUCUGGCGGUGGAAGGGUUGGCCAUCAAUGACAUUGGCUUCAAGAGCACUUAUCAUUAUUGAUGUUUAAUACAUCACCUGGUAAAUAGACAAUCAGCAAAGCAGAGCGAGAGUACUAACUGAUUUCAGGAGAUGAGCUCUUCAUGCUGUGUGAGUUUAUUGUAGAGCUCUGGGUACAUAGCUGCCUGUGUCAGCGUAAUAUACACCAAUAUUUGCACACUCUGGCAGAAUGCUCGUUGUUACUGUGUAUAUCUCUGUACUCUUGAAAAAAGGUAAAACUACACACGGAAUUUACGGCAGAUUGCUACAAAGGAAUGAAUGGCAAUAGUGUUAUGUUUGUUUUUUCUUAAGUCACAUGAGAGCUUUUUCUAAACGCUACACGAGUGCUUCGGACGCAUUUGACUUGUAUAAUUUUAUAUAUUUCUUAAAAGCAGAGAGGACAUUAUUUAUCUUGCGUGCUCAACAUCUUCAUAUAGCCAGGUGUGUGCAGCUAAGGUUACAGACAAGAUGAAAGUGCUUCUAUCUUCAGUUUAUACGUACAAAAUGAAGAAAGAAGAAUUCUAUUUUUCUCGCGACUUGUGUGCGUCAUAACUUUGUAAAAGACUCAAGUUGUUGUUUUUGGGUUUAUUUUGGUACCUUACAUUUCCAAAACCCGUUGAGUGCUUCAGUUAUAUAAUAUGUUUAUAUACAAUGUGAAUAUUCUACAUUCCUGUGGCCAUUUCUUUAUAAAGCCCAGUCUGUGUAUGUUAUUUCAAUCUGUGUAUUUUUUCCUAUGUAUACCAAACACGGCUAUUUUAUUUUUGCUAUGGUCCAUGUGCUGUAAUGCUGACUCUUUGCCAGUGUUCUUAUAUCGCUUUCGAACUUUGUAUAUUAACCCGUCCCGUUUACAACACAGACCUGCCAGAGAAAGAGUUGAUCUGUUAUUUUCUACCUGAGAUUUGGAUUGCUGUUUGAUUAAAAUAGUGGAUAUAUUUUCUCAGUUACAA